AUGUACGAGCCACGAUUCAGACGCCCGCCGUUGGCUUCUAUAAGGAAUAGAAAUUUUCAAAGAAAUUUUGAAGAUACUCCCAAAGAAUCUAAAAGUGUUUGCAAUACUAUCUGUGAAACUUACAAUGAAUUUGCAGCUAAUUCAACAGUACAUGGACUCAAAUAUACUGUUCACGUCAAGUCAACUUGGGGAAAGAUUUUUUGGGUACUAGUAAUUAUUCUGUCAGUAAUAUCAGCUACCCAAUUAGCUCAAACAUUUUACAUAAAACACAAAGCCGCAAAUAUGAGAACACUUGUUAUAAGUAAUCAAUACCCAUCUUGGUAUUUUUCAUUUCCUGCAAUCACUUAUUGUCACUCAACAAUUGCUUCUUUGCAUCGCGUUGAAGAGGCUUUAACUACUGGAACUUUACGCUGGCCCAAGGACUACACUCCUGAGAAUUUAAUAAAAGACCUUGUUUUUCUUCGGGAAGCCUUGAUACCAACGAACAGAUAUCCUAAUCAAACACAAAGGCUUCAGCAAUUUUUAAACGCGAAUAAUUUUUCGAUUCUUAAAUUAUUCAAAAUAGUAAGCUUACCGUGUGAAGAUUUUAUUGUUUUAUGUAGAUUUGAAAUGGAAAUAACACCUUGUGAAGAGUUGCUGACAUCAACAUUAACACCUUACGGUCUUUGUUGUUCAUACAACUACGCUCGGUAUGAUGGGGAAGAAAGAUACAAAAAUUUGCCAGAAUUUAGGAGUCCUGAUUUUGGCAUGGACUUUACUUUAUCCAUACUAGUAAAAUCUUAUCCUAAAGAAGACCGAUUAAGCUUUACUAUGUUCGGAGAAGGUACUAAGAUAAUUAUCCAUGAACGGAAUACGUAUCCUGGUCCAUCAGCCCAAGAGUUCGUGGCAGGAUUUAAGCAGGAAGUAAUAGGAGCUCUUAAAGGGACUCAACUCAUUGUCAGCCAAGAAGUCCAAGACCUUCCGGUUGAAGAAAGAGACUGUUUUAUGUCAAAGCCUGAUUUUCUGUACCGCGCAGAUAAUUGUUACGUAAAGUGUCGUGAAAAAAUAAUUCGCAAUUACUGUCACUGCAUACCAUUCUACGCGUCUAUUAUUUAUUCCAAUGACACAAUCUGCAAUUUGACUCAUGUUCCCUGUUUAGCAGAGCACAAAUCAAAGUAUGAAGAUUUGAACUUUCGAGAUAAACAAUGUGGAUGCAAGCCUGAUUGUGAAGGUACUACAUUCAAGGUCUCAACAUCAUCAUUAGACUUCAUUGCUGCUCAGUAUAAUCCCGCGGAAUUUUACCAAACAUCUUUGAAGUAUAAAGAUCCGACUGCUAUACAUAUUGGGUACGCAAGCUUGACCUUUAUGCUACAAAGUAGAGAAUUAGUACUAUCAUGGAUUAACUUAGUAUCAUCUCUCGGCGGUGUCUUCAGCUUGUUUCUUGGGUGCAGUUUCGUUUCGAUAUUCGAAUUUGUCUAUUACCUUGGUUACUUAAUAUGGAAACUAACACGCAGAAAUAAACCUAAAGCUCAAGUUCAUCCACUAUCAGCUUGA